UCGAACUACUCGACCCCGCGAAAAGUCCAAGUAAGCAGAGCCUUCGACACGUUUAUGCAUUAAUAAGUUCCCGUUUGGUUGUGACUCGAGAAAGCAACGUUUUUUACUGCGGAAAAAGGAAGCAUGACUUAAGAACGUUCAAAUGACGGAUCCCAACGUUCUUGGCGUUAUUUUGGGGUCAGUUCUUGGUUUUCUGGCGGGAGCCAUCGUAGUCUGUGUUGGAUAUUUUGUUUAUACAAAACGAUCGGGGACUUAUAGUCCACUUUCACGGGAUGUACGUGCGAAGAUCGAUUACUAUUCCGCCUCAAAUCCCGAUGGCGCAUUCCUCGCCGCCCAAACUCGACCAGUUCAAGUCCAACCAAAUGUAUAUACGCUAGCAAAGUCUUCCGCAGAAUCUUACCCGGAAAUAACCGAACUAAACGAUGGUGAUCAUCGGAGAAUUCGCGUAACAAGGCCUUACGAAGCUGGCGCAAUUGCUACCAUCCCGGAGGACAGUGAGGACGUUGAAGACGGGAGCCCGCGAAGUCUUGAGAGAAACGGGUCGACCGGCUCAGACAAGCCAAAACUAUCAAAACGAAUGAGUUUACCCACCACCCUUAAAUCUGAUGGAUUAUUCAAUCCUAACCCAGAAGAAUUCUUAAAAAAGAAAUUUUCAUCAGAGGAGGAGGAAUGUCGGCUUGAGUUCUCGUGUUUUUACGACACGGCCAGUCGUGAGUUACACAUUACCGUAAUUCAAGUUGUUGGGAUUUCUACGCCAAACGAAAGUUUCUUACGCCCGCCUAGUUGCAGCGUUAAAAUGCGCAUAUUACCCGAGAUGUUGUCGUGGCAGUGGACACGCAGAAUUUCACGUACUUCGAAUCCUGCUUUCAACGAAACUUUCAUCGUUCCUGGUUUUGUUCACAACAAAUUACGAGAGUGCACUGUACACUUUGUGGUGUUGGAUUUUGAUCAUGUGCAAGACACUGUUUAUGUGAUUGGGGAAGUAAUCAUGCCCUUGUCAGAACUACGAGCUAACAGACUAGAGAAGAUUAUCAAAAGAGUGAACCCGCUUGCUUUCUAAGUUUAUUGAAUAAAUUUUUUUGCAAUGAAUUCUCUGACAAUAACAUGACGAUCGGGGCAAAAUGGAAAUUAAACACAAACAGGAAAAAAUUCCUUGUAAAUUAAGCCCCUUUAUUCAUACGCAUUUAAGCGAAGCGUUUGAGGAAAGCUAUCGGACUCAUUUAAAAAUUAAGUUUACAAACGAAUCACAGCUGACUUACUAAUUUAAAAGAGAAUGACGCAUUGUUAAGAUAUAUAUUUGGAAUAUUGCGAUCUUGACCUAGGUGGUAUUUCGUAAAUUCGCGAGAGAUAGUAACUAUUAUUUACAUAUCAUUGUCAUUAAAAUUUUUUCUCGUCACCAUACGCAUCCAACUGAAACGAUUUGCCCCUUGUUAUUAAGCAGGUUUACCAUUUCAUCCUCAAAUACAGCAAGAAAAAUUUUUGACCAGUGUUGGAAUUGUUCGUAAUAUAUUUAACACAAUUUGUUUCGUUUUCAAUACUGGUUUCUAUAAUUGUUUAAAAAGAAUAUCGUUCUAACUUGCAUAUAUUAAUUAUUGGCGCUUUUUGUUUAUUGGGUGGCAGCAAAUAAAGUCGUGUUAAGUAA